AUGCUGUCUGAAUCCUUUAUCGCGUCACUACUGACAUCCAAUUCCACGCACACGACCUCCUCCACCCUUAAAGAUGUCGGCAUUUGCGUGCAUGAAUUUAGACCCAACCCGACCAUUCAGCUAGGCUUGAAGAAAAGCACCACAGAGCCCAAUUGCUUAGCCGUAAAUAAGAGCCACAUAUUCGCGGUGCAAUCGGGACGGGCUGUUGUGCAUGUAUAUAGCAGGGAACGAAAUAAUCAUGAAGCUACCGUGCCGUUCCCGGAGCGGAUACGAAGUAUCGCACUCGCGGGGGAGGGGAUACUCGUUCUAGGAACACAAGGUGGUAAGCUGAUUCUGUGGGAGAUUUGCACUGGAAGACAAGUAAUGACAACAGCAACCCAUCUACAACCCAUCACAUCCCUUGUCGUCGACCCAACGAAUAAUUUUAUUCUGUCAGGCUCGGAGGACUCCAGCGUGCAUGUAUGGUCUCUUCCAGAUCUCAUCACCUUCUCUAAACCGUCAUCAGCCGAUAAAUCUCUAUCAGCAACAUAUUCUCACUCUCCAAUAAGAACCAUCUCCAACCACACGACCGCAAUCACCAGCAUAGCAGUGGGACACAGCAUAAACCGGUCAAAUAUCGCAAUAUCUGCUUCACAAGAUGGAACGGCACUUAUUUGGGAAUAUCGAACCGGCAAUAUCCUGCACACCUACCUUCUUCCCUCGCGGCCUCUGUGCCUCACGGUCGACCCUGCAGAUCGCGGAUUCUACGUCGGUUACGAGGAUGGCAGCGUCCAGUUGAUCGAUUUUUUCAAAACUCCAUCCGUACAACAUCUUCUCCACGACACAGACCAUCAGAGCACACCCACACAACUAUCGGUGGGUGAUAAAUGGCCACCCCCAUCCUCUGAGUUGGGUGCCACCCUUUGCUUGUCCCUGUCGUACGAUGGAACAAGCCUUUUGACGGGCCACAGGAGCGGCGCCGUCGCGUCUUGGGAUGUCGGCCGAGCGAGAUAUGCAGCCUCAAUCGCAAGCCUAAACUCCCCUGUCACUAAUCUACAUAUGCUUGUCCCAGAAGGAUUACCCCAGAAAGUAAGCAGUGUUGCCAUCCAUCAAAUAGUUAAACCGCGAUUAGAUCAUACCACGGCAGGUGGGCAGGCAUCAGAUGCAGUGCCUGCGACAUACCACGUCAAUGUGCAUUUAAAUGGAUCGCAGGCCACAGAUCCUAGCAUCCCUCCAAAUGUUCUGGAUGAAUUUUCAGCUGCCUUGUCCCACCCAACAUUCCCCGGCUCACGGAUAUCCGAGAGUCUGAUCGAUCUCAAUUCAACUUCCGGAAAUACCCCUACCAAUAACAGUGCCGCCCCAGUCAUUCCUCCAGAAGCUUCUCUUUGUCCGGCUAAGACGAAGGAUGUGAAGUCACUAGAAGCAGAAAUUAAAUCUCUAAAAAGGCAACUCGCUGCUCACAGGGAUGCCCACCAGGGAGACGUGACUGAGAUUAUCGCGCUGCGCGACGAUAAUCGUUACCUAUCAGACUUGAGUGGCGAGCUGGUCGAGGAGCAGCUGACUGCACAGAAUAAAGAGGUUAAAAAUAGGGCUAUGGCAAAAAUCAGUGACCGGGCAGAACGGCAAUUAUGGUUUGACAGGGAGAAAAGGGGAAUAAAUGGCGAUCAGUACAGGGCCGAUCGAGAUGUUAAGAAGCCCAGUAAUGAGGGCAAAGAUGAGGACGAGGAUGAGAACGAUGAAGAGGAGGAGGGCGAUGAAGAUGAUGAGAUGGAUGAUUAA